CUCAGAGGUAGAGUCAAGGCAAGAAUUCAUCCGAGGCAGGGGGACGCAUCUUGUUCAUCAUUUGUGGGGAAGCAGAGAAUAUUUGGCAAUGCCUGCUGAAGUGAAAGAGAGUUCAGAGGGUCACCCUCCUCCUCUCUCUCUGGCCCAGGAGGGGAAAGAGCCCACUCUGGAUAACCCGUCCGCCACCGACGAACUGGACACGCCCACCUCCGUCGCCUCCGUGAUGACCUCGACCAAUGAGAGCUCCUUGGAGACCGACACCCCGCACCAGACGGACACUGAGGAGUCCAAGGCUGUGGAACAAGAGGGUGAACAGGCCCUGAGUGAGAGCCAAGAAUCAUCAGACACACAACUGGAGAACUUCCAGACCUCACCUGAUCUCACGUCGACCCCAGUGGUUAAAGAGAACGCUCCAGCUGAGCCACCCACUCCUGCAGCAAACACUGAACCCACUGAGUCCCUCACACCGAUCGCAAUGACCGGCGGCGCCGCCACAGCACCUCCACUGCCUCAGGCGGUCCUGCCACCCGGGGAGCCUCAGGCGGUGAAUCCAGACAGCCAGAGCCGAGUGUACACCCUGCCUGAUGCAUACAGAGGCAUCGGGGGCGACAUGUGCGCAGGGUACGGCAGCCUAUCCCGCGCCACCCUCCACGGAUACUGGCCGGCCAAGAACUUCCAGCCUGGGGCCCACUACACCCUCCCCUUCCUCCGGGACAGCUACGCCCCUGCUGCACUCAGCGGCCAGGCAGAGGAGGAGGGCGGCGGCGAGCGGGGAGGGAAUCCCCUGGACAUGAAGAAUGACCACCCGACCCACAGUUAUCCGACACUGGGGGGGAUGCCCCAGUUCAGGCCAAUUACAACCAUGGAGCUCCUCAGAGAGCCCUCGAGAACCAGAGGUGGCUACGAUGAUGCCUUCAUGGCCCAGCUAGAGGGGAACCUGAAUCCCUUCUUCCAGGCCAUGUGCCGAGCACAGACCCUGCAGUUCCCCCAUAAGCGCAGCAGCAUGGUCAGCCUGGACAGCAUCCGUAGAGACCCACGCUGGAGGGACCCCAACCUGAACGAGGUCAUCUCCAUGCUCAGCCACCCGAUGGACCCUGUCAAGUCCAACGCGGCCGCUUAUUUGCAGCACCUGUGUUAUGAGAACGACCUCAUCAAGCAGGAAGUCCGCCAGCUGAACGGCGUGCCAAUCCUGGUGGAACUACUGGACCACCCGAAACCUGAAGUUCACCGUAAGGCCUGCGGUGCUCUGCGCAACAUUUCCUUUGGGAAGGACCAUAAUAACAAAAUGGCCAUCAAGAGCUGUGAUGGCAUACCAGCUUUGGUCAGACUGCUGAGGAAGACCAGCAGCAUGGAGGUCAAAGAGCUGGUCACAGGCACUUUGUGGAACCUCUCCUCACACGAGCCACUGAAGAUGAUGGUCAUCAACCAAGGCCUUCAAACUCUGACUGACGAAAUCAUCAUCCCACACUCGGGCUGGAGGAGAGACUCGGCCGAUCCCCCCAAAAUGCACAGCGCUGAUUGGACCACAGUCUUCAAGAACACCUCUGGAUGUCUGAGGAACGUCAGCUCAGAUGGGGCGGAGGCUCGACAGAGGUUGAGGGAUUGUCAGGGGCUGGUGGACGCGCUCCUUCAUGCCCUGCAGUCAGCUGUUGUCAACAAGGAUACUGACAAUAAGUCGGUGGAGAACUGCGUCUGUAUUCUGCGCAACCUCUCGUAUCACGUUCACAAAGAGAUACCAGGAGCCGAGCGAUUCCAGGAGCCCCACUCCAGUCUGAUGAGGUCGGUCGGGCAGCAGAAGAAGAAGAACGAACCUGACUGUUUGGGUGGGAAAAGGCCCAAAGAGGAGUGGUUCAAUCAAGGUUGGAAAAACGGAUUUAUGGACAGAAAGUACGGUACAUUGGAUUUACCAAAACGUACAGAUCAAAUGAAAGGGUUGGAGCUGCUGUACCAGCCGGAGGUGCUGAGGCUCUACCUCUCUCUUCUCACCUGCAGUCACAACAACAACACCCUGGAGGCGGCGGCGGGAGCAGUGCAGAACCUGGCAGCGGGACAUUGGGCUUGGUCCAGCUACAUCCGGGCCACGGUGCGAAAAGAGAAAGGGCUGCCCAUCCUGGUGGAGCUGCUGCGCUCCGAUGUGGACAAAGUGGUGCGAGCGGUGGCCAUUGCUCUCCGCAACCUGGCCAUGGACAGGAGGAAUAAAGACCUCAUAGGGAACUACGCUCUGAGGGACCUUGUCGGCAAUCUUCCUUGUGGGCAGCAGAACCCGGCGAAGAAUCUGGAGGGAGAUACGGUGGUCUCCAUUCUGAAUACUAUCCAUGAGAUCAUCACAGAUAGCCCCGAGAACGCCAGAGCGCUCAUACAGGGCCAUGCUGUGCAGAAGCUGGUGGCAAUCAACAAGUCCAGCCAAUCAGCACGGGAGACCAAGGCAGCGUCCCACGUGCUGCAGACCAUAUGGGCCUACAAGGACCUGAGGAACACUUUAAUCAAGGCCGGUUGGAACAAGAGUCACUUUAAGCCAACGACCACAGGAACGACUAAAAAGUCCAAGAGUGCAAAGCAAGGCGGCGAUGACAUCACUUUGCCUCUCAUGGACAAAAACCAAGAUGUAUAUUCCAGUUUGGAGCAAAACGACAGAGUUGGAGAGGGGAAAGGAGCUGUUGUGGAAAGAGAUGCUCUACAGGCCACAAGUGAAAGGAAACACUUCAUCAGAGCUGGCAGACCUGCGGUGGGCCUCAUGGAUAACAAGCCUCCACCGCUGGACUCCUGGGUGUAAACAUGACAACACGGCCGCUCGCGCCGGUAAAAUCCUGCAGAGACACUUUCCAGUGGUGAGAUACGGAUUCGUGCCAUUUGAUUAUUCGUGAGGGGACAGAGGAACAGAUCCAGUUAGAAGUCAUUUUCUUUGUUCAUAGGAGAUAAUGUGCCAAACACUUACAUGUAUUUAUUAUGGAGAUUAUUUGGCAAUCAGUUAGACGGAUGAUAUGUUUGAAGCUCAAGAUGGAUCACUUGUGAUAUGUGAACUAGACUAAAUAUGCAAACUGGUGAAUGGAGACUCCAAAGAAUAUGACAUGUACAGUUUCAAGGUUUACUGCUACACGAGUAUGAGAUCAUUUCUAGUAUUUCGAGUUUGUCGAGCCACGGAGGCCUGAGGUGACACGUGGAUCUGCUGUUGAGAAAGAUUCUGAUAUGAAACGAUUUUUAAAAUACGUUUGGUCUGUGUUGGAGAUCACUAGGGCUCUCGUCGGCGUAGUCAUCAAAAACAUGCAGAUGAUUUGGAAUUCAUUUUGAUUCUUAACAGAUAAAUCAUCGGACCAGACUGUGCAGUCAUUCGCUAACUGUCUCCAUUCCAUUUGAUUCACGAUCGGCAAAUAGAGAUUGUAAAUGUGUAACAAAGGACUGUUAAUACUCCAAAUGAAGGCAUUUAUAUUGUAAUAUUUAUUGUAAUACCCAUGUUAUUAAUUAAAGGUCAUGUGUAUUAGCUUAUAGUAAGUAAUCCUACAUUCAAUACAACUCUGCUUUGCAGUGGUCCUUUUUGCAUUGCGAUGUUGAAUGAAAAAAUAAAAUAAAUG